GAAGAGAUGGGAGCGGGGUGGUCACAAGAUGACGCCUCACAGUCGCAACCAAAUAAGGAAUCCAGCCAAACUGUGCCACAAAACAAAGCCGAGGCUGUGGAAAUUUCGGUAGAAGCAAAGCCCCGUCCACGUGAGACGAUAGCAGAGGUAGCGACACCACAAGUGAAACUCCCACUUAACUCCCAAGCAAUAAUAUUGAAGGAAGAGAGCACCAUUAAUUCUCUGAAUAAGAAAUCCGACAGCAACUGCUUCUUCUUGAAUGCAAAAAAACUGUCAAUCACUUGGGCUGAUUCGGCUGAAGACAAUGGUUAUUGGCGCUGGUCAAAGAUUGAAGAAACAAGUAGUAAUACAUUCGUUGAUGCUGCUGAACUAUUAAACGUUUGUUGGCUAGAAGUGCAUGGAAAAUUUGAGGCAACAAAGCUGUCACCGGGAAUGAGAUAUGAAGUAGCAUUUGUGAUAAUGUUGAAAGAUCCAGCUUGUGGAUGGGAAGUUCCAGUGAAUGUCAGACUUAUUCUUCCAGAUGGAAACAAACAAGAACGAAAAGAAAAUUUGAUGAAAAAUCCGAGAGGGGAAUGGAUAGAGAUCCCAGUAGGCGAGUUUGUAGCAUCACCAGAAAAGGCUGGAGAUAUAGAAUUUUCAAUAUAUGAAUAUGAAGGUGGGCAAUGGAAGAGAGGGCUUGUCAUCAAAGGCAUUGCAAUUCGCCCCAAGUACUUGGUUCUUGAAUAACCGACAACAUAAUGCAAAUAAGUUACCUUAUGAUGCAAUAGUCCUUUAUAAAUUAACAUGACAUACUUCGUGAAACUUAUCACAUCAAUUAUUAAAGUAAAAAUUGCCACACGAUAUUUAUUAUA